GCACCGGAGCGCGGGAGGCAGCGCUGCUGAGAGGUGGUUUUGCACUUCAGUUCAGGGUGGUGCUUUGCAAGUGUGGGAUGGACUACCCCUGUCCCCCCUGUGCCACUGAAAACAUGGCUGGGACAAUCCUGGACAUCUUGGCAUGACAAGAACCCAUCAGUUUAACCAGAGGGUGGCUGUCUGUCCAUCUGCCAUGUGCUAAUCGCCUCUCUGUGUCACCUUGCAGGGAAGAUGAGCUCUGGCAACGGGACCUCUCCCACCCCUCCUGUCCUUGGGCUCCUGGAGCCGGUGCCACCCAGUGCCAGCUCCCCUGAGGGCACAGACUGGCUGCCCACCAUUGUGGGGCUCGUCUGCAUCUUCCUGGUGCUGGCCACCCUGCUGACCCUUGUCACCCUCUGCCACCUUCGGGCGCUGGGCCGCUCCCCCUGGGGUCCCCACGAGUGGCUGCCCCAGCAGGCCGUGGAUGCCAGCCAGCCCCAGCUGAGGCUCUGGAAGCGCCUGGGCUCCCUGAGGGGCUCCAUCAGCAGCUUCAGGAGGAGCCAGAUGGUGUUUCAGAGCACCCUGGCCUGUCCCAGGAGCUUCUCCAGCAGCCAGGACGGGGACAUCAUGGAGUCCACCAAAAUGUGAUCAUGCCCUGCUCCUCCUUCCCAAGCUUUGGCUCCCUUCUCAAGCAUCCUGAGUAGAGAACCUCUGAGCAGCUCAUUUCCAGGCUCUGUGACAGGAGAUUUUGCAAUGUCAGGUACCCAAAUGCUUUCCAGAUUACUGCUUCCUGCCAGGGAAGGUGGAGGCAUCCAACUACACCCACACACAGUUACCACCGGGCAGUCCAAAAAAAUCCUGCUGCUUCAUUUCUUUUGGAAAAUGUUGUUGAAGAUUGCAAUGCAAGAUGUUUGCAGUUACCAUCUGUACGGCAGAUUACCUUUGUCAAGUGGGCAGCUUGCCUUAUCUCUGUCUCUGAGUGACCACAAUCACACCUCCCUGGGAGGGGACAUUGCUGAUAACAGACUAUUGAAUGUCACUGCAUGGCUGAUAAGAACUAUAACAUCCCAUUGGGAGAUGCUCCGCCCAGGGGGAGGAGCCAAGCAUUGCUACCCAGAUAUAAUCCAGGGGGAGGAGCCAAGCAUUGCUACCCAGAUAUAAUCCAGGGGGAGCAGCCAAGCAUUGCUGCCCAGAUACAAUCCAGGGGGAGGAGCCAAGCAUUGCUACCCAGAUAUAAUCCAGAGGGAGGAGCCAAGCAUUGCUGCCCAGAUAUAAUCCAGGGGGAGGAGCCAAGCAUUGCUACCCAGAUAUAAUCCAGGGGGAGGAGCCAAGCAUUGCUACCCAGAUACAAUCCAGAGGUUUUUGAGACACCAGCACGGCUUUCUCCACUGGAUUUCCCAGAGGAACAGCAGCUGCUUCUUCUUCCACUGGAUCUUCAGAGGAAGAAUACAUCCUUCUCUACAGAUCCCCCUGCUCCAACAGAACCACCCCUGACACUGCAGGAGGGCUGAGCCACAUUUCCAAUGGGACUGCCACCAACACCCUGACCCACAGGGUGUCAGAUUGGGUUCUGACUCUGGCAGUGUUGUUCUACUGUACUGCAUUGUUUAUUUUAUCCUUUUUCUUUUUUUUUUUCUUUUUCCCUAUUAAAGAACUGUUAUUUCCUGCUCCUAUA